CAUAGAUAGGCUGAAGUUCUUCGCCGCUUACGAAGUAGAUAUAGCUUCCAACCCAGCCUGAUUGGCUUUUCAGAUUUGAAAUCAAUGAGAGCCAUUCUAAGCAUCAUAAUCCUGUCGAUUAAGCGCCUUUCCCGCGUUCGCUGCUAGAUUGUGUAUAUUAUAGUGGCACGUCCGGUGCCAGACUGAACCAAGACGCUGCUGAAUUGAAGCCGAUCCCUCAAGACAGGAUAGGAGAACGAAUGAUAGCCUGGAAGCUACACUAUGGAGCAACAUCAGGCUUAUUACGAAACGUCAGGUCAUGUCAUUGCUGCAGCGGUAGUUCUGUCCGUUUUGGACAUUGUGGCCGUUGUCUUGAGAUUUGCGGCGCGAAGGAGUCAGCACCAGGCACUCAAGAUAGACGACUGGCUUAUACUUCCGGCUACUAUCUCUACAGUUGGUAUCGGUGUGUCUAUGGUAUAUGGUACUACUCAACAAGCACUGGGAUAUCGAACCCACAUUCCCGCAGACUUCGCAGGAGACCCGUUCGACGUUACCACUUAUCAACUUGCCACAACUUCUAAGGUAGAGUUCGGCUAUUCUGUACUAUUACCUUUGACACUUGGCUUGGUAAAGUCGAGCUUUUUAUUCUUCUACAUGAGAAUCUUCGUUGCAGAAAAAAAGAGCCCGAUAAACAUACUGCUGGUUGGGCUUAUUGUGUUCGUUACAAUAUGGGCUCUGGCAUUUAGUUUGGCUACCGUGUUCGGGUGCAAGCUCGACGUCGAGGCCCAUUGGGGUUCUACUCACGAUCUAGAGACGAAGUGCAUGGGAUCUAUGACGGUGGUGCUACUCCUCUGCAUAACUGAUUUUGCUGCUGAUCUUGCCAUCAUCAUCAUCCCCAUCCCAUUGGUGUGGCGCUUGAACUUGUCAACCCAGAAUAAGGUCGCUAUAAGUGCCGUAUUUUUACUUGGUUCAGUAACAGUCGCGGCCUCUUUAGCUCGCCUUAUAGUUGAGGGUCGUGCAGUAAAUAUUGGGUUUGCCCCUGGCAGUGAUUCCAUUCUCGUGAUAACAGAGUAUAUAUAUUGGGGGUUUGUCGAGUUGGCUGUUGCAAUAGUUGCAGCAUGCUUGCCAACUCUACAUGGCUUUCUCGGCAAAUACUCUUUUCUCGAAUUGCCUAAACGUUUCAAGUCUCUGUUUCGUUCCCAUUCAAACGGCCAGCCUUGGUCGCCAGACGAGUCAGAUAGGUCUCCUGCAAUCCCACAUCUCCCUGCAGGUCCUGUCACACAUACAUCAACAGAAGCUACAUACGCGACUCCGGCGAUAAAACUCCGUAAUAUGGAGAGCGAGACACCCCUUUUCAAACCCGAUGUGGUAACUACGUCACAAUCUCGGUCCAUAGAAGAAGUCUAAACGUGUUUCAGCUUGAAUAAGCUACGAGGUGGCCUUGUCAGCCAUGCUUUCAAUGCACUAUCCAGGCGAGUUCGUAAAGUGGUUAUUAUGGUUCGUUCUUGUUUUGACUUUAGAAGAUGCUCCGGUUGCGAGGACUCUUAUGUACUACUGUGUCGUUCAAAUCUAGACUUACGUGAUGAGGGCCAAAUUAAGGUACUACUUAAUUCAUGUGUAAAUGACUAGAAAUGAGUAAUAGGCUUAUGAAUUCAUUGCUAAACUCAUCAAGCACCUCCGUUAACUAGAACACUAA